AUGCGCUCCCGUUUGGAUGUCCAUGAUCGUGCCCUCACGAAGUCUGUCAACGAACUCUCCAUCACCGACAAUGGGGAGCAAUCCGGUACCUAUGGCACAAUGUGGGCUGUGCUUGUUGAUAUGGGCUACUAUGGGAUCAAUGAGCACAUUCGUGGCAUACAUCCAAAACGCAGACCAGCUGGGGGGUACCUGGAAGCCGAUGACCUCGAGCGGAACCAGCGGAUUUCAUCCGACCGAGUCUUGGUCGAGAACUUCUUUGGCCGCGUCUGUUUGCUGUGGAAGAUCGCGUACUCUACGUUUUGUUGGGGGCAUGAGAUGUUUAGUGACAUUCAGCGCAUUACCUUCGCCCUGACGAACUUCCAUGUGUCCAUGAUGCCGCUUCGAGCAGCGGACGGAACGCACUAUCGCUCUGUCCUCGCCCGCUACGAGAGAAUGUCCUACGAAAUGACUGAGCGAAAGCGUCAACAACAAUUGCGUGCUCGCCGUCGCCGACUGGAAAGGAUGGCAUUGAGCCGUGGACGUACCGCGAGUUCGCGUUCCUUCUUGACACCGCCAUCUUCUCAGCUGUAG